AUGUCUACUGCGCCCGCACCUGCACAUGCGUCUAAGCCCAAGCCUUUUGUUUUGUAUACCGCUGGAACUCCCAACGGACGCAAAGUUAGUGUUUUUCUGGAGGAGCUUAGAGCGGUUUAUGGGGAGAAGGUUGGUUAUGACGUCGAGAAAAUAGACAUCGGACGCAACGUCCAAAAAGAGCCCUGGUUCAUCAAGUUAAACCCCAACGGCCGAAUCCCAGUGCUCGUUGACCGCGCACGGGAAGACUUUGUCGUGUUCGAGACAGCUGCUAUUUUGCUUUAUCUCGAACAGCAUUAUGAUCCAGAGAGGAAGCUUGGGUUUGACCCUGUGUCGCAGCCUAAUGAUUAUAGCGAGAUGCUUCAGUGGAUGUUGUGGGCGCAUGGAGGCGUUGGUCCUAUGCAAGGGCAAGCGAAUCACUUUAAUAGGUUUGCACCUGUGGAUAUUCCCUAUGCGAAGAAGCGUUAUAUCUUGGAAACGAAGCGCCUCUAUGGCGUGAUGGAGAUCCGCCUCACAGAUCGUGAUUACCUCGCUGGGCCCGGCCGAGGUACGUAUAGCGCUGCAGACAUCAACGUUUUCCCAUGGAUCAAGGCUCAUCAAUUUACGGGUAUCGAAUCUCUCGACGAGUGGCCGAGUCUCCAGAUGUGGUUCGGUCGUAUUGAAGCGCGUAAAGCUGUUCAGGAUGGCCUUGCUAUUCCGUAG